AGCAUCCGAUAAACCUUAUAACCCUUCAAAAACUUUCUCAGAACAUUUUAUGGAUUUUUACCGUGACACUACAAUUGAGGACUGGACGUGUGCAAACUUGGUAGAGCAUUAUCACGCAAGGUCUGGGCAAAAGGAUCUCAAAAAAGUAAUGGAUUAUAUAAAGAAGGACCUCCAGAAAGUGGCAGAUGUUGAUUCUGAAUUUGAAGUAACGCGCAAAGGAAAAGCUCGAGAGAUCCUUGACGAUUGGAAGCGCAAGCUGGGACUCUUGGUCUCCAGUGAUGAAUUCUUGGUUCGACGCUUAGCGCAAGCUGGGACUCUUGGUCUGAAGGAUAGUUCCUAG